CACAUCCCAUCAGUUUCACUCUGAUCGGUCAUAUACAUAGAUCACCUCAUAAAUUCGUUUUGAUUAUUCCACCACUUACAUAAUCAUGGCAUCUGGAGGAAAUUAUGUUGCGGAGGUGACAGGGGGCCUUGCAGAGUUAGGCUUGGCAUCCGGCUUACAAGAGAACGAACGAACACAAGAAACGGAUUAUACUUGGGACAAGGGUCACAAGUUCCGGAUGGAGAAUCUUUUGGACACUGGAUUUCUGAGCGAUAUUGUCCUUGAAGUUGGACAUCAAAAGAGGCCGAUGAAAGCACACAGGCUAAUCCUCCAGGCCGGGUCACCCGAAAUGUACAAGAAAAUAAAUAAGCUGGAGAAAGGCGAGGAUGUCGUUUUGUCCAUUCCGAACGUGGACUAUGACUCAUUCAUCCUCUUUCUGAAGUUUUUGUACACUGGAGAAACUGGAAGUGCUCUUGAAGGUCUCACAUUCCUUCCACUUCUACAAAUCGCAACCACUUUCGGAGUAACAACCUUGAUAAAUAUUUGCGCAAACAAGGCAGAGCGGAGCUUAUCGGAGGAAAAUGCUAUUCCAAUUUAUCAACAAGCAAUGCAAUGUGGACAGAAGGAACUUAUCAAUAGUUCUCUUAACUUUAUUUGUCAACACGCUUGGAAGAUUGUGGAGAGUGAAGGAUUCGUCGACCUGCGACAGGAAUGUUUAUACGAACUCUUGACCAAGGAUGAUCUCCAAGUUGAAAGCGAACUCCAAUUGUUUCAAGCCGUUCUCAGAUGGGCAAAUGCAGAAUGCGAGCGAGGUGGUUUAGAACCCGGAAAUUGGGAUAAUAUUCGUGUCGCGUUAUCAAAAGUGAUUGGCCUUAUCCGAUUUCCUGUCAUGGAUCAGGCAGAAUUCACGUUAAAUGUUGCCCUCAAUAAUAUUUUGGGUCUUGAAGAAUUGGUCAAAAUCCUGCUCUAUUUCACGGUACCACCAAACCAACGUGAAAAAAUCCCCCCAGGAAGGUUCAUUUCUACUCCGAGACAGUACUACAAAGGGUCAAAACCAUCUCAUUCUGAUAAUUUCCAAAAAAGUAGUGCUAGGAAGGUGAGUUUUGAACAACAGGAAUUUACUCGUUCACCAUCUGAUGAAUGGGAUCGUCCCGUACUUGUCGAAAAUCAUCCAAGUCCCUCGCUUGAAGUCCUUUAUAAACCUCCUCCAGCAGAUGAUAAAACGUCUAAAAAGCCAGGGAAAAAGGGGGUUCGCCUGUUUGACUUAUAAAUCUUAGAAUUAUGUAACUUAUUCAUACAUGAAUUUCUUUAGUAUUGCCUUAAUUGCUGUGAAAAAAAAUCAUAAAAUCUUUAAACGAUUAAAAACUUUGCCAAAUUCAG